GUCAACUAGGAUCUACACUAGACUUUUCAGAGUGAACAAAUUCUUGGAACAUCACAACUGCUGAGUAGCAUUGCAAACCCUGUGGUAAGGAAACUAAGACUCACACAAGCUUCCUUGCGACAAUGCCUUCCAUAUUUGAGAUGAUUGCUAGAAGUGUGGCCAAGGAACUGGACAGAAAGGGAGACCUAAUUCCCCUUAAGAGCCUUAUUGACGCAGACAAAUUCCACUGUUGCUUUCUUGUGUACAAAAGAGAGAGCAUUUUUCCUUUCCUUAAACCUCGAUAUUAUAAGACAGGCCUUACUGUGGAUGACCUUCUGGAGGCCCAUGAUGAGCAGGACUGUGUCUCUGCAGAGGUAAAAGGAAGAAAAAAUUAUGGGAUUGAGAAGAAUGCAGAAAAGAAGAUGAACAUUUCAUUAAAAUUACCUAAAGGCAUAUCCUUGGAGGAGAAUGCUGACUGGAGUAAAGUGUAUGACUUGCAGUUACAGCAUUUCGAGGUCUCUAAGAAGGGAAAGGAGUCUUUGCAUCAUAGGAAACUGAAGAAAGAGCAGCCUUCCUUAUUCCAGACAUUAAAGGAAAAGGGGGAAAAUCUGUAUAUGGUAGUAGAAACUGUGGAGAUGAUAAAGGAACAGAAAGUACACAAAACCUAUUUCUUAGAGACCUGGUUCCAAGCAGUGAUGGAGAGCAUAAAGCUAUAUAUCGAUGCCAGUCAUGCCAUCACCAUCCCUUCUGGGAGUGUUCUUGCCUUCAGAACAAACCUGCUGGUCUUUGAGGGGGAGUGCUGCAGAAUUUCUUAUUCUAAUGAUAAAAAUUCCUUCUCAUUAGAAAGGGGUAGUGCCUCCAGAUCAGUAGGGCAGUCUGGGGAACCCUCCCAGCCCCUGCAGAACUUCAGUGAUCUUCAGAAGGAGUUGAUGGACUUGAAAGGAGAGCUCCAGGACCUGGACGAAAACCAGAGAAAGAAUGUGCUGGACUCCCUUGUGAAGCGCCUACAGAAGAGCUCCGUGAAGAAACUGGAAGAAAGGGUAACUAUGGCCCUUCUCACAGAAGAGCAGGAUGACCCCGAGGACCCUGUCCUGAGCAUCCUGUUUAACAGCAGUGGAAGCUUCAUGGAACAAAAGGGUGAUGCCAUAUUGGGCUUCCUUCAGGCCCUGACAGAACUGAAAGUGGAACAACAGGUGCUGCUGGCCGUGGCUGUGGAAAAGGAGCUGUUGUCUGAAACGAUGCAGUUGGUGGAGAACAUCCUAAAUCAGACCUCUGAGAGUGAGCCCAAACCAUUCUCUCUGAAGGCUGACUCGACCCCCCAUAACCUUGUGAGAAUGUGUGACCCGGGGUACCUGGAAGACAAAGAAGAGCUUCAAGUCACCUGGAACUCAGAAGCGUGUCACUCACUCUGUGCCCUGUACACAGCCCUUGGGGUCCUGCUGCUCUUAGCUCAAGGUCCCAAUUCUGGCUUCUAACUUCUGUUUCCCAAGUUUGUGGAUCAAAAUAGCUUCAUGUGAUUUUAUUCCAAAGAAGAAAAGAAAAUGACCAAAGACAUAAAAUCACCAGAUUUUUACUGCUCUGUGAGAAUAAAGAUUAGUUAAUUUUUGCCUCUGUAAUAAGUCAGUUUCAUACAAUCUGAGUUGAAAGAGAUUCUGGAGGCCAACUAAUCCAAUCUGUAACUUGAAGAAAUUAAAUUGAUUCUAUAUCAUUUUUAAUUUUA